UUGUUUUUUUUAACAUCUUACUCUAGUGAUGGAGAGUGGUGGUUCGUAGAACACUGUAGAACUUCCGAAAAAGGUUACGUUCCAUCUUCCUACGUUGCUGUGGCUGGAUCUCUUGAAGCCGAAGAGUGGUACAUUCCAAGGAUAUCGAGGAAGGACUCUGAACGGCUUCUUCUCCUCAACAGUAAUACACCAGGCACUUUCAUGGUUCGAGACAGUGAAACUUCACAUGGCUCCCUGACCCUUUCAGUUCGCGAUCGUGAGUUCGAUUCCGCAACCAAUCGCGCUACAGACACCGUGAAGCACUACCGAGUGAAUAAGUUGGGCUCAACCAGUUCCACAGGCUUUCGUUACUACAUUUCUACCAAGCGGAGCUUUCCAAGUCUGCGAGAUCUCGUAGAACACUACUCCACCGAGGCAGAUGGUCUCUGUUCACGACUGACCCGCGCUUGCCCUCGGCCUCCACCUCUGACCUCUGACCUCUCCGUGCAGACAAAGGACCAUUGGGAGAUUCCCAGAACAUCCAUCACCCUGCUGGAAAAACUAGGUGCUGGACAGUUUGGCGAGGUCUGGAAAGAUUGCAAACGGCAUGGCCUACUUGGAACGCGCUACAUUCACCGUGAUCUUGCUGCACGAAACAUCCUCGUGGGUGAGAACAACGCAGUAAAGAUCGCUGACUUCGGUUUGGCUCGCAUGGUGGUGGAGGAACGCUAUGAGACCUACGUGGCUCAAAAUGGUACCAAGCUACCCAUCAAAUGGACAGCUCCUGAAGCUGCUCUCUCUGGCCGAUUUACUGUGAAGUCAGAUGUCUGGUCUUUUGGAAUUGUCAUCUAUGAGAUCAUUACUCAUGGACAGGUUCCAUAUCCUUCAAUGAACAAUACGGAGACGUUGAAUCAGGUGAGUACGGGCUAUCGAAUGCCACGGCCGGCAAAUUGCCCGGAAGGCGUCUAUGAGAUAAUGCUCAAGACCUGGGACGCCACUCCAGAACGUCGACCACAGUUUGAGUACCUCUGUACCUAUUUCGAAGAGUACUUCGUAUCUCCAGAGCCAUCUGGAUUCAAUCAUUCAAACACGAAUGCUUCCCCCGGAACUCUAUCUCUUCGAUGUGUUGACAAAAUGGCCUCCAUGGAUAAUGGGGACAAUCUUACUCUUAUGGCCAUUGAACCCGGUGAAUCUAUCGAGAAUGAAGAAGAGGAAGAGCUGGAAGAUUCGGAGCUUAUGAAUUUGGCAAGAAACAUACCCAACCAGAUCAAUGGUAACCAUCACAGUCAUCAGCGAAAUCACCGUCAUGGUCGUCAUGGCAACAAUGAUAACGCUCCUACUCCAAUGGCUGUGGUGUGA